UCAGCGCCUGUGGCUGGGAGCGCCGGAGCGGGAGAGAGGAUCACUCCGGGAUCUCAUCACCGAUCUCGGGCUGUGCUUUGAUUAACCGGCUGUCAAAGUCAAACUCGGAGCAGAAAGCGUGCGGCCAGUGUGAGUGUAAUCUGGAGAAAUCGUCCGGUCGGUCGGCUCAGAUCUGCGAUGGAGCGCUGGAAAGGCAGAGUGGCGCUCGUGACCGGAGCGUCCGUCGGGAUUGGAGCGGCUGUCGCGCGCGCUCUCGUCCAGCAGGGCAUGAAGGUGGUCGGGUGCGCGCGCAGCGUCGAUAAAAUCGAGAAGCUGGCAGCUGAGUGUCAGAGUGCAGGCUACAGCGGCACCCUGAUCCCGUACAAAUGUGACCUGUGCAAUGAGGAAGAGAUCCUUUCCAUGUUCUCUGCCAUUAAGACCCUACUUCAAGGGGUGGACGUGUGUAUCAACAACGCCGGCCUGGCUCAUAGCGAGCCUCUGCUUAGUGGCCGCACUGAGGGAUGGAAGAACAUGCUGGAUGUGAACGUUCUCGCUCUGGCUAUUUGCACGCGUGAAGCUUAUCAGUCUAUGAAGGAGAGAAACAUCGACGAUGGACACAUCAUCAACAUCAACAGUAUGGCAGGACACAGGAUGGUACUGAGUGCCGAAACGCAUUUCUACUCCGCCACCAAAUACUCUGUGACAGCGCUUACUGAGGGGCUCCGACAGGAGCUGAGGGAGGCCAAGACACACAUCCGUGCCACGUGUAUAUCUCCUGGCUUAGUGGAGACUGAAUUUGCCUUCAGACACCACAGCAACGAUCCAGAGAAAGCUGCUUCUGUGUACGAAAGUAUAAAGUGUUUGAAAGCAGAAGACAUAGCCAGCGCUGUCACCUAUGUCCUCAGCGCCCCUCCGCAUGUUCAGAUCGGAGACGUGCAGAUGCGCCCGGUGGAGCAGGUAUCCUAGUGACGGAAUGGAGUCAUAUCAAUGGAGAGCGGAGAAGACAGAACCAGCAGCAAACAGUGUCACCCUGGCAACACCUGCUGAACAAACCAUACAAAUAGUUUUAAAACAUGGUAUUGAAAGGGAAUUGUGGUUUGUGUAUGGUUUGAUGAAAAUGUAGCGAAUCUGAAAAUCUGAAGCUGUGUGUGACAGGGAACCGGUCCAUAAAAGAAGGAGACCACAUAGACAAAGAGAGAAAGAGAUAUGCUUGGUACUGUUCCAAUUGACCAAUUUACACAAACACUGCUGCCUCAACGUGAUAUUAAUUUUUUUUUUUUUGAGUAGACGGAAAAUGGAAACAGGGACCGUGUAGGGCUGAAAAAAUGGUCCCCAAUUUUGACCGCAGACCACAGUGCCAUCAGUUGCACUUUUUUUUUUUGCUUGUUUGUUUGUUUUGGGGUUUUUUUUGGUUUUUUUUAGGUCAUAUGACAUAUCAUCUGUUUGGAAAUGAGACGAAAACACUCACUCAGUGUGCAGCAAAAUAAGUGUAGGAAACACUUGCAAAUUAUAAUGUAUUAAUUAAUUUCGUAUAAAGGCUUCUAAACCAUCAAUAUUGUUUUCGAUUAGUGGCUACUUAGAAGUGAUUUGUAAGUAUAGUAUGUAUUAGCUAAUGCGAAUAUAUUCCCAAACUAAAAGCAUGUAACUAUAUCCUGGAAGUUGUUUUUAAUCAUUUUUCUUAAUUAAAACGUGACAAAAUUGACCAAAUUUGGCUUUUUCGCUUGUAGCUAUAAUUCACUGACAUUAAAUAUGAUUAAAAAUUUCACAAGUAGGUCUUAGGUUUGCCCUUACAAAUAAAAACAAUUUGCUUUCCUCUGAAAUACAACUUCCAUCUGCAUUUAUCUAUCGCUCAUUUCCCAAUUCUAACCAGCAAAUGUGUUAUAAGACUUUAUACGACUCCAUACAAUGCAUUAUAAUUGUUCUAAGUGUUAGCAUUAUUGAUUAUUGUAUUUUUUUUUACAAGUAUUCUAACUUUAGAUUGGAUGUAGCUGUGUUUCUCAUAACAUGUCACGUUUUGUAAAUUCUUUGAUUUACAACCAAUCAGGAGUCUAAAGUAGUGUCUUGCAAAAGUAUUCAUCCCCCUUGGUGUUUUGUCGCAUUACAAGCUGGAAUUAAAAUUGAUUUUUGGAGGGUUAGCACCAUUUGAUUUACAUAACAUGCCUACCACUUUAAAGAUGCAAAUUGUUGUUUUAUUGUGAAACAAACAAUAAUUAAGUUAAAAAAACAGAAAUCUGGAAUGUGCAUAAGUAUUCACCCCCUUUCGUAUGAAACCCCUAUACUAGUGCAUCUCAAAAAAUUAGAAUACCAUGAAAAAGUAACUUUUUUUUCAUAAUUUAAUUCAAAAAGGUAAACUUUCAUAUAUUCUAUAUUCAUUACAUGUAAAGUGAAAUAUUUAAAGCCUUUUUUGUUUUAAUUUUGAUGAUUAUGGCUUAUAGCUCAUGAAAAUCAGAAAUCCAGUAUCUCAAAUUAUUAGAAUAUUCCUGAAGAUCAAUCAGAAAAAGGAUUUACAAUACAGAAAUGUCCAACUUCUGAAAAGUAUAUUCAUUUAUACACUCAAUACUUGGUUGGGGCUCCUUUACCAUGAAUUACUGUAUCAAUGCGGUGUGGCAUGGAGGUGAUCAGUCUGUGGCACUGCUGAGGUGUUAUUGAAGCCCAGGUUGCUUUGAUAGUGGCCUUCAGCGUAUCUGUAUUUUUGGGUCGGGUGUUUCUCAACUUCCUCUUGACAAUACCCCAUAGAUUCUUUAUGGGGUUCAGGUCAGGCAAGUUGGCUGGCCAAGCAAACACAGUAAUAUCAUGGUCAGCAAACCAUUUGGUAGUAGUUUUGGCACUGUGGAUAGGUGCUAAGUCCUGCUGGAAAAGGAAAUCAGCAUCUCCAAAAAGCUCGUCAGCAGAUGGAAGCAUGAAAUGCUCUAAAAUCUCCUGGUAGAUGGCUGUGUUGACUUUGGACUUGAUAAAAUACAGUGGACCAACACCAGCAGAUGACAUGGCACCCCAAAUCAUCACAGACUGUGGAAACUUCACACUGGGCUUCAAACACCUUGGAUUCUGUGCCUCUCCACUCUUCCUCCAGACUCUAGAACCGUGAUUUACAAAUUAAAUGCAAAAUGUACUUUCAUCUGAAAAGAGGACUUUGGACCACUGAACAACAGUCCAUUUCUUUCUCUCCUUAGCCCAGAUAAGACACUUCUGACAUUGUCUCUGGCUCAGGAGUAGCUUGAUAUUAGGAAUGCGAAAGUUGUAUCCCCUUUCUUGAAGAUAUCUGUUCGUGAUGGGUCUUGAUACACUGACACCAGCCUCAGUCCACUCCUUGUGAAGCUCUCCCAAGUUCUUGAAUCAACUUUUCUUGACAAUCCUCUCAAGACCGUGGCCAUCCCUGUUGCUUGUGCACCUUUUCCAGCCACCCUUUUCAGCAAUGAGCUUUUGUGGCUUACCCUCCUUGUGGAGGGCAUCAGUGAUGAUCUUCUGGACAACAGUCAAGUCAGCAGUCUUCCCCAUGAUUGUGGUUGUGUGUACUGAACUAGACCAAGAGAUACACUGUGUUCAUACUGUUUUACUCAAACUCAAAAUGAAAUAUUCUAAUAUUUUGAAAUGGUUUUUUUUAAAUGUUUUUGUACUGUAUGCCAUACUGAUUAAAAUUAAAAUAGAAAAAUGCUUGAAACAUUUUAGUUUAUGUGUAGCGAGUCUAUAAUAUAUAACAUUUUCACUUUCUUAAAUAACUAAUGGAAAAUAUUGAACUUUUCACAAUAUUCUAAUUUUUUGAGAUGCACUAGUAUAAGGGCUGGUCCAACCAAUUCACUUCAUAAGUCACAUAAUUAGUUGAUUAAGAUCCUCCUGUGUGCAAUCAAAGUGUCACAGGAUCUAUCACAUGAUGUCUGUAUAACUCAACCUGUUCUGGAAGGACUUUGACUCUGCAACACGACUAAGCAAGCAACAUGAGAACCAAGGAGCCUCCAAACAGGUCAGAGACAAAGUUGUGGAGAAGUAUAGGUUGGGUCAUAAAAAAUAUCCCAAACUUUGAAUAUCCCAGGGAGCACCAUUAAAUCCAUUAUAGCAAAAUGGAAAGAAUAUGUCACCACUACAAACCUGACAAGAGAAGGCCACCCACCAAAACUCACAGACCGGGCAAGGAGGGCAUUAAUCAGAGAUGCAACAAAGACACCAAAGAUAACAGUGAAGGAGCUGCAGAGAGCCACAGCAGAGAUGGGAGUAUCUGUCCAUAGGACCACUUUAAGCCGUACACUCCGGAGCGGGGCUUUAUGGAAGAGUGGCCAGAAAAAAGUAAUUGCUUGAGAAAACAUGUUUGGAGUUUGCCCAACAGCAUGUUGCAGACUCCCCAAACACAUGGAAGAAGAUUCUCUGGUCAAAUGAGACAAAAAUUGAACUUUUUGGCCAUCAUGGGAAAUGCAGUGUGUGGCGCAAACCCAACACCCUGAGAACACCAUCCCUACAGUGAAGCAUGGUGGUGGCAGCAUCAUGCUGUGGGGAUGUUUUUCAUCUGCAGGGACAGGAAAGCUGGUCAGGACUGAAGGAAAGAUGAAUGGCACUAAAUACAGGGCAAUUCAGGAGGAAAACCUGUUUGAGUCGGCCAGAGGUUUGAGACUGGGAAGAAGGUUCACGUUCCAGCAGGACAAUGACCCUAAACAUACUGCUAAAGCUACACUGGAGUGGUUUAAAAGGAAACAUUUGAAUGUCUUGGAGUGGCCUAGUCAAAGCCCAGACCUCAAUCCAAUUGAGAAUCUGUGGCACAACUUGAAGAUUGCUGUACACCAACACAACCCAUCUAACUUGAAGGAGUUGGAGCAGUUUUGCCUUGAGGAAUGGGCAAAAAUCCCAGUGGCUAGAUGUGCUAAGCUUAUAGAGACAUACCCCAAGAGACUUGCAGCUGGAAUUGCGGCAAAAAGUGGCUCUACAAAGUAUUGACUUGGGGGGGUGAAUACCUAUGCAUACUCUAGAUUUCUGUUUUAUUUCAUGUUAAUUAUUGUCACAAUAAAACAACAAUUUUCACCUUUAAAGUGUUAGGCAUGUUGUGUAAAUCAAAUGGUGCUAACCCUCCAAAAAUCCAUUUUAAUUCCAGCUUGUAAUGCGACAGAACAGGACAAACACACAGGGGGAUGGAUAGUUUUGCAAGACACUGUACCUCUGAAGUGUCUGAAGAGUCUGAGAUUCAUAAGCUGCAUAUGAACACAUGGUUAAUUGCUCAUGCUUUUUAAAAUCAUCAUCCACUGCAUGAUUUUGAGCCAACCCAAGGAGGCAUUUGAGCACCUUUAUAUCAUGUAGAAUUGGUUUUUGCACUUCAGACUCGGAGUGAAAGCGUAAAACACUGACAUCUUUCCUACAGACAUGUGACCUAACUUUUAUGUGUACACAUUUUCAAGAAGAUCCACCUUUGUUCAUGUGUACAGAUAAGAUAUUCUCGUGGACAUACAUCAAAAAGAUUAUUCGUGCUGUGAAUGGUGUGCUGUGUUUUUUUUUUUUUUUGUGGGAACUGGGUUCAACAGUAUGCACAUUUUGUUGAAAUCCCUACUCUCUGUAAUAAUGUAUGGAGAUGUUUGGGUUUGUUUUGUUUUUCAAUAAACCUACAGUAUGCAGGAAUGUGUGAUGCACCCAAAUUCAAACAGAAAUAUUUCUUUAAAAACAUUUUCUUCGAUGAUUAUUCAACAUCACUUAAUUUUACAUCAUUUGAGACCUCCAAAAAACUGGGGAAAUUCAUUUCCUUGGCCGGAGGACCCAACAGAUUAGAACUUUAUCUUACUGCAGAUGACUCUGUUUGAGAUAUAUCAGCUGAACAUCUUAGUCACAUUGCAGAAAUUCAAAGUAGAAGGAAGAAAACACGGCGUUUUCUGGAAAAUAAUCAACCGCAAGGUGGUAUGAUGCAGCCCAAUGUAAAGUUGAUUGUUUUCCUUCCAUUCAUCAACAGCAGUAAUUCCGAAGUGUUUUUAUUCAUCUUGUACCACAGCAAUAGGCCAAUACCAAUAGUUGGUAUUGUAGAACAACAUAUCUGACUCUUUCUUCAUUUUUGUUGCUUUUCAUGUUGUGGAAUGUCCACAAAAACAAGUUACAGUACUAUGUGCAGUCUUUCCCUCAUUUUCUUCUUCUUCUUGUUUGUCUUCAUUUGGCUGCCACUGUUAAAGGUCGCCACAGUGGAUCAUCCAGACCCACAUAUUUGAUUUGGCAUAGGUUUUACACUGGAUACCCUUCCUGAUGCAACCCUCCCCAACCUAUCCAGGCUCAGGACCGGCACUAAGUAUGCACUGGCUUGUGCAACUCCAGUGGCUGGGUAUUUUACCUAAUCUACAUGUCUUUGAACUGUGGGGGAAACCCACACAGACAUGGGGAGAACAUGCAAACUCCACACAGGAAAGACCCUAUUGGCCAUGAGGUUAGAACCCGGAACCUUCUUGCUAUGAGUCGACAGUGCUAACCGCUGCACUUUCCCUCACUUUGUUACCAAGAAAAACACAAAGUCCACCAUCCUGAAGACUUUCCAGUGGUGGAAAACAUAAAGGAACAGCUUUUCCUAUGAAUGUAACAGAAUAAUAAAAUGUUUAUUAUUCGGCUUAGAUUAUGUUCCUACAAGUCCCUGUGGAAGAGCAAUAACAUUAGAACUACUAUCAAAACUGUUGGAUAAAUUAUUACAAAGAUCAGUUUCCGGGAAACGGCCUGGAACAUUGCUCUGAUUUUGCCACGUAAACGUACAAAAACUGGAACCCCAAGUGACAUUUUCAUUUUCAUUCACUUUCAAAAGGUUCUA